AUGAGUUGGGAAAGUACCAUUGCCGCUAUCUUACAUAAUCCUCCCAAUAAAGUAACAAUCAGUCAGACAUCAUAUCUUGAAGGGCAAACUGCAUCUUUAAUUUGUGUGGCAUCAGGUGGUAAUCCUGAAGUUUACAAUUACACAUGGUCACCUGACAAUUAUCCUCCUGCAAAUGUAAUUAAAAUAAACUUAACUCGAGCCUUGAACAAAAAAACAUUUACUUGUAAUGGGCAUCAUAAAUGUAAGGGAGGUAAUCCUGUAUCUUCAACCAUUAAACUCAAUGUAGAAUAUUAUCCCAUCAUAAAUACAAUUGAUAAUAUGACAGUGAUUGAAAAUAAAACAAAUGAAUUUAGUUGUCUGGCAGAAGGUAAUCCCAAACCAACAAUAACAUGGAAAAUUAGAAACCAGAUUUACAAGUCUAAGCUGUUGCAAGUUUCUUUUACUCGUUCUAAUGUAAGUAAAGUUCAAUGUAUUGCAACAGCUAACAGCUCCCAAGAUGGCAUUUUGAAAAGUUCUAAAAACAUUUCCAUUUUUGUCACAUAUCCACCAGAAAUUAAAAUUCAUCAUAAGGUCACCAGUUUAAAUGAACAAGCAGAAAUCAGUUGCACAGCUGAAGCCAGACCAAAUAAUAUUCAAUACAAAAUAAUACAAAAAUGGGGAAACAAAGAAAAAAGAAUUAUUACUGCAAAAAAAAAGAGUUUCCCAAAUUUUUCUUACUAUGAUUUAGGAAACUGGAUAUGUCAGGCUAGCAAUGAUGUACCCUACAAAGGAUAUUAUAUACAUAAAUCUGUGGAAAUUCAACUCAAUGUCGCAGCACAUUUCCAAGGUAAUGAAAAUGAAACUGGAAUUGUUGAAUCUGAGAAACUUUUGAAAAUCUGUUUUUAUUGCAAUCCUGAUGCUACGGAUGUGAAAUGGUACAAAGGGAAUGAGGAAAUGCCAUUUGAUAGAAUUUCUUACAUUCCUGCAGAAAAUGGAUUAUUUCCAUUUCUUGGUAACUGCAGCAUCUUGAAAUUGGAUAUUCAGGAAAAAGAAAUCCAGAAGUAUUCUUUAAAAGUUAUCAAUCCAGUUGGAGAAAGGACUUUUGAAUUGACUUUAGAGACAGUGAAUUCCGAUUCACCAGUUAAUAUAAUAGUAUCUUCUGUGAUUGCAGUAAUUAUCGUUCUUCUUAUUAUUAUUGGUGGAAUUGUUUUUUUCAUAUUCCGAAGAUCAUCAAAAAAGACACAAAGCAACAACAUUCCUAUAAAUAAUUUGAGAAUGUCAACCGGGCAAGAGGAUGGACAUGAACCUUACUAUGCUGAAAUAUCAGACACUUUACCCAUGGAAGGACAAGAGAAUGGAAAUGAACCUCAAUACAUUGAUUUAACAAGUGGAUCACCUGUCACAGGGAAAGAAAAUGGAAAUGAACCACAAUACAUUAAUGCAACAAAUAUACAAGUGGUCAAAGGGAAAGUUAAUGGAAAUGAACCUGUUUACAUGAAUGUGGCAGACAGAUCACCUGUCAAAGGACAAGAGGAUGGACCUGAAUCUCACUAUGCUGAAAUAUCAGACAUUUUACCUGUGGAAGGAGAAGAGAAUGGAAAUGAACCUCAAUACAUUGAUUUAACAAGCGGAUCACCUAUCACAGGAGAAGAGAAUGGAAAUGAACCUCAAUACAUUGAUUUAAUAAGCGGAUCACCUAUCACAGGGCAGCAAUAUGGAGAAGAACCACACUACAUAUCUAUGACAAAUAGACAGCCAAUCAAAGGGAAAGAAUAUCGAAAUGAACCACAGUACAUUAACGCAACAAAUAUACAAGUGGUCAAAGGGAAAGUUAAUGGAAAUGAACCUGUUUACAUGAAUGUUGCAGACAGAUCACCUGUCAAAGGAAAAGGGAACAAAAAUGAAUCCCAGUACACUUGUUUAACAAGCAGACCUCCUGUCACAGGUCAUCUGGAUUAUGAAAAAUUGGAGAAUUAA